AUGGCAACCCCCCAUCGGGCCAAGUUUCGGCUGCUCGCUGUGUUGGUGUUGCUUUUGUGCACUCCGUUUUGCUCAGUAUUCCUGACAGCAACAUCCAAGAUAGUUCGAUAUGCAGUGACCCGAUAUGCACGUAACGCGAGUUCCUCCAGUUUUGAGUCUGGACUUUCCAUAGAAGAAAUGUUGAAUUUGGCUGGGAAGCGGAAGAGUGCUGGACUCUCCCUUGGAUCUUCUUUGGCUCAGCAAGACUCAGAGACGGAGGAUGUGGACGGUGAAAACGAGGAUGCACCCGGCAAGCCUGGAAAGGGUCGACCUAAGGUUCUGAUUCCCGAAGUCCUCCCAGUCCUCUCCCCGAAUGGGGCAGGGACCUUUGGAAGGCAAGAACUCGCCACAUUGCCCUGCGUGUUUUGCCCCAGCGAAGAAGGCACCCGAGAAAUUGGCGCCCAAAUUGAUCUACAGUUUUGGCAAAAUCCAUAUCAACUCUUGUGGAGUCACGCGCUGAAACAAACUGCUGGAGCUGUGGCUGUCCGCUUCAGCAAGGGUUCCCUUCGCAGAAGCCCGCAUGUUUUUGCUCUUUGGCCUGCAGAGAUGGGAGAGAGUGGACUGCGGGGGUUAAAUUUGGGGAUGUACAACCUAAGCGUAAAGAGUGUCAAUCCUUUUCCUGUUGUUCGCUUGCUCGGUGUGAACGAGGAUGGCGGCCGUGAUCCUUCAGAUUUGCACUCCUUCCUUCGACGUGUUUUCGAGACGAUAUUCUGCAGGAUGAGUUACCGGCUCUUACCUGGUGCUACAUUGGCUGCAAGGACGCUACUAGGCACUCCUGGCCUUACUACUAGCAACAAGAAGCUACUAGGGGCUCCUCCAUCUUAUAGGGACCGCUGA